AGAGAAAUUAUCCAAACAUGAAUCCCUAUUCUCUCCUCCAUAAACUACGAUAAAAGCCAUUCGAUUCUCCACAACGCGCAGCCAAGCCGUCUCUAUACCGCUCAUUCAAUUACGAAAUCAUCGACAAUCGACUUCACUUUAAACCCUGAAAAUGGCAGAGGAUAACAUCAGUGAACAUGAGACAGAGGCAAUGCCUGAGAACUCUGUUCCAGUUGAAAUUCAAGAUCCCGAGAAUGAGCAGGAUGAUGCUGUAGAAACUCAAGAUAAUGAAGAUAAUGAGGAAGAACAAGGUGGUGCUGAUGUGGAGGAUGCUGACGUGGCAGGUACUGCUGUAGUUGACACUGUUGCAGAAGGUGCUGUGGAAAAGAAAUGGCCAGGGUGGCCUGGAGAGAAUGUUUUCAGGCUGUUGGUUCCUGUGCAAAAAGUUGGUGGCAUCAUUGGUCGGAAGGGAGAGUACAUAAAGAAAACCUGUGAAGAAACAAGGGCCCGCAUUAAAAUUCUUGAUGGGCCUCCUGGCACUACUGAAAGAACUGUGUUGAUUUCUGCAAAAGAGGAACCAGAUGCUUUAAUUCCACCUGCCAUUGAUGGUUUGUUGAAGGUUCAUCAACGUGUGAUGGAUGCUGACAGUGAUCCUGCACGUGUCCAGCCUGCCACCAUCUCCACUAGGCUUCUUGUUGCAGGGACACAAGGUGGAAGCUUGAUAGGGAAACAGGGUGCCACCAUUAAAACCAUUCAAGAUUCUUCAAAUUGUAAAAUCCGUGUCAUAGGAGAAAACCUACCGAUUUUUGCUUUACCUGAUGAUAGUGUUGUGGAGAUACAAGGGGAGGCGACAGGUGUACACAAGGCUGUUGAGCUGGUUGCUACUCAUCUAAGAAAGUUCUUAGUUGAUCGCAGUGUUAUUGGGAUAUUCGAGAUGCAAAUGCAAAUGCCAAAUCCUCGUCAACAUCAAGAGAUGCCACCUCCCCAACCGUGGGGCCCAGGCCCAGGCCCGUCUCCUCAAGGUGGUUUCCCAAUGAACGCGGGUGGUUUUGGGGCCAAUCAGUUUAUGCCACCUCAGCAGCACCAGUUUGACAACUUUUACCCGCCUCAACCAAUGGAUAAAGUACAGCCUCGCCAGCAGGGCCCACCGCCUAGCUUUGGCAGGGAUCCAUCCAUGGGACCACCUCACAGUCACACUUCAACUCCUCAACCACAGGCACAACAAUCCAUAGUCACAAAGGUGUCGCAUAACAUGCAGAUCCCACUUUCAUAUGCUGAUGCUGUAAUUGGUACAUCUGGCACAAAUAUUAGUUAUAUCAGACGAGCAAGUGGUGCAACAAUUGCAAUUCAAGAAACACGUGGAGUUCCUGAUGAAAUGACUGUUGAGAUUAAUGGAUCUGCUUCACAGGUUCAGACAGCUCAGCAAUUAAUUCAGAAUUUUGUGGCGGAAGCUGCAACUGCUGCUCAGAAUUCUGCUGCAAGUGCUCCACCACCUGCCCAAGCAUAUAAUCCGUACCCUGGUCAUGCUCCUCCUCCGGCUUACGCGUCUCAGCCACCCCCCACUGGCCAUGCACCUCCUGCUGCCGAGUAUGGUGGACCCGUGUAUGGAGGGAAUUAUGGGUAUUGAUUGAAAUGUCCUUCCUUGUGUGAGAUUGGUUUCUGUUAUGAAUGAAUGGGAACAUGUUGUAACAGGAUGGAUAUUCUUGUUUAGAAAUUAGGUAGAUUGUUUGUUUCUUUGUUUGAUUUGUUAGUGUUGAGAACCUUCGUUUUGAAUGAUAUUUUGAAACCUUAAUCCAAUCAAA